AACUAUAAUACACUUGAUAAACGCUUUAUAAAACACUGACACACACACACACACACACACACACUGAUUAUUACUCAAACAGAUGUUCAAUUUCUCCAUUCAAGCUGCCUGCUCCUCGAGCUUUCUCAGCAUCGUCUGAACAUUUCCGCACCUUCUACACCAGAACAUCGUUCCUAUUCAUUUUGCAUGCAUUUGCAACCCACGGUGAGCAAGCUGCAAGCUGCAACUGAACAGCUUUCCAUAUUUCAAACAUCUUGAAUCCUUCCCACUCUCAAUGGCCACUCUAAGCAUCAGCCCGCUUUCUUUAAUCUCCAACUCAACCUCCUCCACACCGGCUCCCUCUUCUGCCUCCUUGACCGGCCAAAAGAUUGUGAUCGCUAUCCUGGUCCUUGCGUUCCUCUUUGGCUUUCCUGGGAACCUCUUUGUGGUGUGGACGGUGCUCUGUCGUGUUCGUCGGCGCUCUGUCACAUGCCUCCUAGUCCUGAAUCUGGCUGUGGCUGAUGCUCUGGUCCUCCUGAGCGCCCCGUUUUUCCUCCGUCUGCUGGCUGGAGGCAAGGGUUGGGAGUUUGGUGCCGGGAUGUGCAAGACUAUUCACUAUCUCUGCUGCGUCAACAUGUACAUGUCUAUUUAUCUGAUCUGCCUGAUGAGUCUGGACCGCUGGCUGGCCGUAAUCAGGCCUUUCUUGUCUCAGAGGCUAAGGAAAAAGAGGACGCUGUACAUCAUCAUGUUGGGGAUCUGGAUCCUGGCAUUCUUCUUGGCAUUGCCCAUGCCCUUCUAUCGCAGCAACCUGCAGCCCUACCUGCAGAAGAACAGUUCCAUUUAUCUCUGUGUUCCCUACCACUGGAACAACGUGAACCAUGAGCUCUUUCAGUACUUGACAGAGACGCUGCUGGGCUUCCUGAUCCCGUUCACCUUCAUCGUGUUGUGCUACAGCUCCGUCAUCUGCCGUCUGCGCAGCGCCAUGUUUCGCGGACGUAUAAAGGGAAGCUUCCUCAUCCUCCUCAUCAUCACGGCCUUCGCUAUCUUCUGGCUGCCCUACCAUGUCAUCAACAUCUUACAGGUGAUUGGUCUGCUGCAGGGCCGCUCCGAACUUUACCGCACGGCACUUUCUGUUCGUCCCAUCGUGACGCCGUUUGCGUUCUUGAGCAGCAGCGUGAACCCUUUGCUUUACGUGUUCGCUGGCAGCUCACACAUCUGCCGCGCCGGCCUUGGCUUCAUGGCCAGGCUGUUUGAAGGAACCUACUCGGACCACUCGUCCACCUCCGGGCGGCGUUCGACGACCAGCUCGGGCCUCACGAAGAUGUCGAUCAAAACGUCCCAAAGUGGAGGCGUGGCUAGAAACAAGAGUUGUGAUGAGGGAGGGGGAAAGGGGGCAGGGCCUAGCUGUCUGGAGGAGCUUAAGACCUUAACCACGAUGCCGUGAUGCUAAAGAUUGUAUUCUUAGAUAUUUUAUUAGCAUUAGUGUUACCUGGAACCUGAACAAGCUAAUCCUCAGUGUGAAAGCUUUUGGUCAUUUAUUUAAUGUGUUGCUUUUGAUAAUGCUUUUGAAAUUUUCUUAUUAAAUAAGAUACUAUUGGACUCAGGACAUUGAAAUAACUCAGUUCUAGCUUAUUUGCAGUAGUAGUUACAUGACACCUGGUAUCUUAGCAUUCUUGAUUUGUUCAAAGUGUCCUGUGACAGACAGAAAUCACACUUUUGGAAGAUAAAUCUAAUCAAAUUAAAGGCAGCAUAACACAUUCUGCCACACAUUGCUCCUUGUGGUGUUACGGUACAACCUGAUUUUUUGUGGACCCUGUGGACUAUUGUGGAUCAAACAAAUACACCUGAAUCUUCUUCAGCCUGACCCUAACUAUCUGUCGUGUAUGCUUGAUUACCACAAACAAGGAUUUAAACAUGGAAAACAUGGAGGGCAGAUAUCGGACUUCAUGAAUAUUAAUUUGAAAUACAUGACUGAGAAUUCUACAUUUAAAUAAUGUGUGGAGAAAACGUUCACAAGAAUUCACUGUGAUAUCAUUAUUAUUAUUAUUGUUAUUAUUGUUGUUGUAUUAUAAGCCAUUUCCUACGACUGCGUUUUAGUGGCACGUUAAAAAAAAGAAUUUAAUAGAACGUUACAAGAUUAAAGUCGUAGCAAUACAAGAAUAAAGUCAACUCCUUCAGACACCUUUUUUUUAGAUCGUCAUCUUCAGUCUCUUGAGAAACAAUGCGAAAACUUUGAAUAGUAUGCAGAUGUAACUGUCGAUAUCCUUCAGACUGCACAAAAGAGGCAAUUUCCUGAUUUUUUUUCUUCUGUAUAAAUUAAGUUUUCUACAUAAUCGUUGCCAUGUCCAUGCAGAUGAACCAAAACACAAAAAAUUUCUUUAUUGUUAAAUCCUAACCUAAAGUUAGAAACCUAAAACUUACAAACCUAACGUUUCUUGCUAAACGUUUCUCACAAUUCUGUGAUUUUUCAAUCUUGUUUUGCUACGACUUUAUUCUCAUAAUUCUGACUUUAUCCUUAAAGAAUUUCAUCUUUAUUCUCAAAAUAUUUAGACUUUAUUCUUAUAAUUUUAAAUAUUUUGCCACGACUUUAAUCUCGUAAAACUUUUUUAUGUGGCACGAAAACGCCGUCGUAGCAUCCAAUAAAAUAAAUACAUUCAUUAAAGACAGUUAUAGUAAUGUCUAUGCAGGUGUUAUUUUAUUCCUGUGCAUAUUUUCUUUUAUAAAUAAAAUCAAUUUAUUUCCAUCUCA